AUGGUUCUGGUCGUGGAAGUGAACGGCACUUUGGGCCAACAGCCAAUCACCUGCCUGGAGCUACCGGACGUCGAGACGAGAGGCACCACUCCAGAUAUCUUUUGGAAGAAAACGGGAUGUGGAGGCCAGAGAGGCAACUUGUACCUGGUGCCGUUAGUGGACAUCUUAGGAUGAGGCAACUACAACCUGCCACAGCCGGGAGGAUCACUCCUAAAUCACACAGAGGUCCUGAUCCGCUAGUUGAAACAAGAAAAAGAAAUUCUUGUUAAAGACACGCACGAAGAUUAUUUGAAAGUUCCACUCAUGAACUACAACGGGGGAGUUUCACUGUCCUGGACAUGGCACAGCAGUCGUGUUGGCAAAGCCGCAUUUAUCAAAGUUCAACGUGUUUCGGAUGACCACGACAGCCAAUGCUCCGCGGACCCCGGACAGCGCCACUGGACGUGCUCCUCAGCUCAGAGUAACUUCAGCUGCUCUGUGGACGACAGCGGGUCCGGUGUGUCCUGCCUGGACCGGCAGCACUGCCCAUACGCCGAGGAGAGACAGCAGAUCCACGUCACGGUCUUUGUGAGGACGGACGACUUUCUGCUGGAGAGCUACUCUAAACUGUUUUACUUGGCGGAAAUAGUUAAACCAGACAAAGUGAAGAUUGGCAAGGUCAACAAGACGGUGGUGGAGUGGAGCUACCCGAGCUCCUGGAACACGCCUUACUCCUAUUUCCCUCUCACGUUCCAGAUUUCACAGCUCAGGGGUCGAUGCAGAAAGUGUGAAAGCCCGUGCACAGACCUAAAACCGUCAAAAGCCUGGACCGUGCACUCCACCGACAUCUGCCAGUUUAAAGUGAAGCACAAAGUUAGGGCUGUCUGUGUCAGAGCGAAGGAUGCCCUUUGUGACUCGCAGUGGAGCGAAUGGACCACGUCAGAUUGA